CGAAGCUUUCAGCUGCUGUAUGUUUACAACGUUAGCUGUAUUAAAUAUUCACGUUAGAGCUGGUGAAAUUUGUUUGGUUUGAGCUUCAUGGUGCGUUUAAUAAAGCUGUAACAGGAGAAGGUUUGGAGGCGCUGCAGGAUUCUCAGCCGCUCUGGCAGCGAUGGUGUCUCCUUCAUCAGAUGCAGAAAAACCCAAAGAGGAAAUCAACAUAGACGAGCUCUCUCUAUACACAACCCCUCAGGAGAAAUUCCACUAUGUGGAGCCGGAGAAAGGAACAAUGGAGGAGAACGUGACAACACUGAGGAAAAUGGCUGAUCCUUACAUUACAUGGUGUCAGCAAACGACUCAUACAGCUAAACAGCAGGUUCAGGAUGCCUACGGAGUGGUGAAGCCCAAAGUGGACAGGACAGUUCAGUAUGGCCAAGACAGUUAUGCGUAUUUGAGAAAUCCUCCUCCGGAGUUUUAUCCCAGAGCCGGAGUCAUCGGAUUCGCCGGCAUCCUCGGCCUUUUCCUGGCGAGAGGCUCCAGGAUGAAGAGGUUGAUUUACCCAACAGGUUUGAUGGCUGUUGGUGCGUCUAUGUACUACCCUCAAGAAGCAGCUUCCAUCGCCAAGAGUACAGGUGAUGCUGUGUAUGAAUUCACACUUCAGGCUUACGUCACUGUUGAAAAGCUCGUUAAAGGAAAGUCUGCAGUGAAGCCCGAGGAGAAAGCGAGGAAGACAGAGGAGAAACCGGCCAGCGCAGAAACGAAAGCAUAGGUCCAGGAAAUGAUGUCACAACAGAGCUUCUGCUUUUGCACUAGCCACGCCCCCUCCCACAGUCAGUCACAGCAGAAGGGGCGGGGCCUGUCGAAGCGAUUUUAACCUUGAGAAUGUGGGUGAAGCCUGCUGAAACGGUAUUUUAAUGUAUAUUUAUGUACAAACGCAAAUAAAAACACUCUACAGAUAUUA